AUGAAAUCCGAACUACCAAUAUUACAGCCGGAAAAUAUAAAAUCAUGCAGUAGAUGCAGAAUAAAAAGAGUUAAAUGUGAUAUGACUCUCCCAGCAUGUGACAGAUGUAAGAAAAAAGGUGAGAUUUGCGACAUCUGUGAUAUGGUUUCGUACGGAUUCUCGACAGUACGAAACUUACAGGAAAUGCUUGAUGAUAUGCAGAAAAAGUUGACCGAACUAAACACUGAAGAUAGAAGAAAUGAUGACGAAAAUAAAGAUGCACGGCAUUCUACCUUCAACAAAGAUGUGGAAGAGCAUUUAGCGGUUGAAGUAGGGACACUUACAGCAACAAACAGUGACUAUAUUGGAACUGCGAGUGGUGUGGCUUUUUCAAAGAUUUUCCUCAGGCAAAUUAAUGUUUUUAAUUUGAUGCACCAAGAUAAAAACUUGAAUAAUCUUGACAAAUUAAAUCCGAACAUAUCUAAUUUGAAAGUAGAUAGCAUACCUGUGGUUUCUUUACCGAGAAAAGAGGUAACAAAAUAUCUCUAUCACAUUUAUAUAGAGCAUGUCCAAAUCUUUUAUCUGAUUGUGGAUGUCAAUCAUAUUGCAAACUCGAUUGAAAAAUUAUACCACCGAUUAGGGCAAGUAUCUGUGGAUGAUAGAUAUAUUAUAUUCAUGAUGCUUUCAAUUUCUUCUGGACUUGCUGCAGAAAAACAGCAGUAUAUUGAGAUGCACGAUGUCAACACUUCAAAAGAAUAUUUUCUAAUGGCCUUCAAAUAUUUUGAUGAUAUGAUAUCCACAGUCAAUCAUCGAACGAUAAGAAAUGUAUUAUUAUUGAUAGUAUGGUGUCUAUGUCUCAAAAAUCAGGAUGAAAAUGAAAACCUCUGGAUUCUGACACGCCACGCUACAUCUUUGUGCAUUCAACUUGGACUUCACAGGAAUAACCCAAUUUGGAGGUUGGACUCGUUAGAGUUGGAAAUGCGAAACAGAUUAUGGUGGACAUGCUUCAUUCUAGAGAGACAGGUCGCUCUUCAAACAGGAAGAACUUUGAGUAUACGAAACCAUGCUAUAGAUGCAGAGCUUCCAAGGUUUACCGAAGCGUUCGAUAAGAUUAAUCCUAAUUUUGGUUUAAGUUGUCCGUCUUACGAAAAUCUAUGUUUUCAGCCUAUGUACCUCUUAGCGAAGGUUCGUACCAUAGCUGGAGACAUUCUUGAAAGUGUUUAUAUUGCUCGUGGAAAAAAUAAGACAUUGGCAGUAGAAAGUGUCUACAAAUCUGCUAGUCGGCUCAGGGAAGAACUAGAUCUAUGGUUAGAAUCAGUAAUGGAUCUUUAUAUCGGACAAAACGACUGGGUUUAUGGAACUUUGAAAUUGAACUAUAAUAUUUACUCUUUGGUUUUGUCGAGACCUUCGCCUUCGUUUCCCAAUAUAUCAAUAUCGUCGUCUAAAGUUUGUUUGAAUGAUUCAAAAUCAUUCAUUGAUGUUGUUUUUGAGCAAAUAAAUUCUAACCUUUUAAUGGAUUUCUGGUUCAUAUCUGCAAACAUUCUUACAGUUGCAAUAACAUUUUUAUUUGCAUCUUGGAUAUUAGAUGCUGAGUUUGGAGCCACAAAAGACUAUAUUGAAAAAAUUCAAUAUAUAGUCAAAUACCUUACAAAAUAUUCCACUUCCGAACUGCUCAAUGUUGCAAUUUUCAAUGCUGCAGCCGUGUACACCUUAGAGCAUCUCACCGACUCUGAAAACAUGAAUGUAUUAAUUCAAGAUGCAUUACCUAUAGAUGAGACAUUCAGUAUAGAUGAUGAUGAGCAAAGAAAGCAAUUUAUUUUGGAUUAUCUUCUAAACAUUGUAGACGCAGGUCCGUUCUACUUAGUUCAAAAUAAAGACUAA